AUGUCUGGACAGCAGACUCCCCCCACUUUCAAGCUCGUGCUUGUCGGGGACGGUGGCACCGGAAAGACUACCUUCGUCAAGCGCCACUUGACUGGUGAAUUCGAGAAGAAGUACAUUGCUACCCUCGGUGUCGACGUUCACCCUCUUGGCUUCACUACGAACUUCGGUCCUAUCCAGUUCGAUGUCUGGGAUACCGCCGGCCAGGAAAAGUUCGGUGGUCUCCGCGACGGCUACUACAUCAACGGCCAGUGCGGCAUCAUCAUGUUCGACGUCACUUCCCGUAUUACCUACAAGAACGUUCCCAACUGGCACCGUGACCUUGUCCGCGUGUGCGAGAGCAUUCCCAUCGUCCUCUGCGGCAACAAGGUGGAUGUGAAGGAGCGCAAGGUCAAGGCCAAGACCAUUACCUUCCACCGCAAGAAGAACCUCCAGUACUACGAUAUCUCUGCCAAGUCCAACUACAACUUUGAGAAGCCGUUCCUUUGGUUGGCCCGCAAGCUGGUUGGCAACCCACAGCUGGAAUUCGUUGCCGCUCCCGCUCUGGCCCCCCCCACUGCCCAGGUCGACGAGGCCCUCAUGGAGGAAUACCGCAAGGAGAUGGAGACUGCCGCCGCUCAACCCCUGCCUGGCGAGCUUUCCGACGACGACUUGUAA